AUGAUCGAAGACGACUUUUAUCGCACCUCGUCGCAGUUCCGUCUGUGGUCCUUCACAGAGGAUUCAUUGCGAUCAGUUAGGCAAAAUACGAAUAGCCUUGCAAGUGACCGAGUGCGGGUUGCGCUACGAAGGGCGCGUGAGGCACGGCAAUCUGCCAACUCGUCCGCCGCAGGCACGCCCAAUCCGAAUGGCAGCGAUGCAGACAGCAAGGGCGGAGAGGAGAAUGAUAUCGAGUGUUUGACGCCGGAGGAAGAGCAGGAUUUAGUGCGGUAUUUCUGCGAGCAGCUCGUACAGUUGGGGGAGAGCUACAAACCUCCGCUGCCGACGACGGUCAGGGCCACUGCGAUUCAAUACCUCCGGCGCUUCUAUCUUACGAACUCACCCAUGACCUACCAUCCUAAAACAAUAAUGCCAUGCGCUCUGUUCAUCGCUACUAAAACGGACAACUCCUACAUGUCACUACGGCAAUUCGCUGACGGAGUUCCCGGCGAUACCUCAGCGGAGGACAUCAUUGCCCCAGAAUUCCUGGUCAUGCAAAGUCUCCGCUUCACUUUCGACGUUCGACACCCCUUCCGCGGGUUGGAAGGUGGACUCAUGGAACUGAGCGCCAUCUCACAAGGCCUGGGCGAACCGGCGCCUCACCUUCCGCAACAAACACCAGAGUCUCUUCGUCAAUCCAUAUCGUCCCUCCCUCAGCCUCCUAAUAACCCUGCCUCAUCCUCAAUAUCCGAACGCCUCGCCCGAGCCCACCACAACACACGCGAAAUGCUCAAAUCUGCCGCCCAAAUGACAGACGCCUAUUUCCUCUACACCCCGUCCCAGAUCUGGCUGUCCGCAUUCUUCCUCGCCGAUCAACCCCUCGCCGAAUUCUACCUCGACACAAAGCUCCCAAAUCCACCCGACACAGCCGACCCAUUCAACCAACUUCGUGCCAAACUCUUCAAAACCCUGACUGCCUGCUCCUCCCUCCUCCAAUCCUACAAACCCAUCGCCUCUGACCCAGAACAGAAAAAGGUCAUGCGCCGUAUCGGCAAAAAGUUAUACCACUGCCAGAAUCCAGAAAAGGUAAACCUCGCCGGUCAAAAGCGGAUUCCGGCAGCGGCGGCAGCAUCAGCUGCUGCUGCUGCGUCUGCAAGUGAUCCCGCAACACCGGAAAGCGAGAUGGAGCGGCUAGCCAAGAAGCGGAAAUUAGAAGGGGAGCAGAAGGCGCAGGAUAUUUUUGGCGGGGAAUUGGUUAUGGAGAGGACGAAGGAGAGACAGGGAUAA